AUGGCGACUCUUCUGAACGGUAUCGCCGCUAGCGAUUCCAGCAAGAUCCCCAACAGACCGGUCAACGGAUACGACAUCCAAAGCUAUGCCCCAAGACCUCCUUCUGCCAUCAGCAAGCUCGGUCCUCUCAUCGCUGCUAUCCAGCUCAGCAGCGUUGUCAGCUACCUGUACUACCUGUGCAAGGCGAGUCAUGGUUCCAAGCUUGUCGUCCCAAGACUCUUCUUUGCUGCGCAGGUCAUCGAGUUCUUCUCAGUUAUCUCUGACUUGUUCGUCUCGCUCACAGGCCAACUCCUCUGCAAGAACGAGUCACGACCCAGGCGCCGACUCCAUGGUGAUAACGUUCCAGCUGUUGAUGUUAUUAUCACGACCUGCAAGGAAGACACCGACACUGUGAUGGACACCGUCCGCGCUGCUGCCACCUUGGACUGGCCUGCAAAUAAGCUACGGGUCCUGAUAAGUGAUGAUGGUCCAGACCCCGAGCUCAAGGCUCAGAUCGAGCAGCUUCAGGAACGCUACCCAAGUGUCCACUAUUACAGUCGUCCGAAAAUCCCAGGCAAGCAUCACGGUUUCAAAGCUGGCAACGUGAAUCAAGCUAUCCGUCACCUGGCUUCUGAGAAGCUGCGACAGUUCGCUGCUCAGUAUGUCGGAAUCCUCGAUGCUGACAUGAUCCCGGACAAAAUGUGGCUUCGAGCUCUGGUCCCACACAUGCUCAUUGAUCCUGAACUCGCCAUGAUCACCUCUCCUCAAGACUUUUACAACAUCCCACUCAACGACCCUCUUCACGAGAAUCUCAUUCUCCAGCAUGAGGCUGAGCAGUCCCUCAGAGACAAGAUGGGCGCAGCAUGGUGUCCAGGGUCCGGGUUUGUGUUCUACCGCCCUGCCUGGGAGAAGAUUGGUGGCUUCUCUGAGACCUCGAUGUGCGAUGAUGUCCUCUUCGGCUGGACACUCAACGGCAAAGGUUAUAGGACAGCAGCAAUCAGCGAGCGCCUUCAGUCUGGCCAGCAACCCAGCAACUUCGUUGACCACAUCAAACAACGUCGUCGAUGGACUGUUGGUGGCAUGCGCAAUGCCCGCGAGCUCGGUUAUGGCACCGACGCCAAGCUGCUGGGCAAUAGCACUCCCUGGCAGAAGCUGGCAGCAUUCAACCAGCUCCCCAAGCCAUUCAUCGGUACGAUAGGCAAAGCCUUCGUUUGGACCGUCGUCUUCUUCUCUCUUCUUAGUGGUCAACCUGUCGUUGGUUCCACGAGCAAGUCGGAACUGGCGAAAAUACUCAUUUUGUACGCCGUCUUCGUGGUUGCCUCCCGAGUUGCCGAAUACAUGCUGGCUCUGGGUUUCGGGAUUCAGAACAUCCGCCGUCGCCAGAUCGUCGCUACUUGGCAGGGUAUGCAUCUGGCCAAGGCUUGCAUACAGGAGAUGAUGCCGUCUUCGGUCGGUGGUGCCUCGCUUGGCUUUCUCGUGACUGGUCAAAAGAAUGCUACCGACAUUGGACUUGGGGAGCGCGAUCCCACGCAGCGUCCCCGAAUGCUAGAGCGCAUUCGUCGUCUACACAAGAUUGAGGGCGUGCUCAACCACCUGUGGUUCUUCUUGACCAUGAUCUCGCUCUUCAGCAUGCAGGCGAUCAGACUCUACAGUAAGACCACAUCGGGUACUUUGCUGCACGCCAUGAUUGUCUCGGGCCUCUUCCCGGGUCUUCGUUUGGAGAACUUGAUGGCGUUUCUCUCCCCUAUCCGCUACAUUAUGUUCCCGCCCACUGAGAAGCCUCGCGUCUCGUACCUGACCGAGGAUCCCGACACCGGUUUUCGCCGUCCUCUCGUCUGGGAGAGAGGUGCCAAGUUCACACGAGGAAUGUACGUCUGGGAAGCCUGGUAUCUUGUGGCUACUGCCUGGGCGGUCUAUGCCGCUUACGCUGUCGCUAUAGAGGCUGAUAUGGUCUAG